AAGAUGGCGGACCUCCUAGGCUCAAUCUUAAACUCGAUGGAGAAGCCUCCAACUGUCGGAGACCAGGAGAGCCGACGAAAGGCUCGAGAGCAAGCAGCGAGACUCAAGAAGAUGGAGGAGGAUGAGAAAAGAAAGAAAGCAGAGUUCAGGAAAAAGAUGGAGAAAGAAGUGUCGGAUUUCAUCCAAGACAGUUCACAACAGAAACGAAAAUACAACCCUAUGGGGAAAAUUGAAAGGAGUAUAUUACACGAUGUUGCAGAAGUGGCUGGUCUGACUUCUUUUUCUUUCGGGGAGGACGAAGAGAGUCGCUAUGUCAUGCUUUUCAAGAAGGAGUUCGCGCCAUCGGAUGAAGAGCUGGAAGCCUAUCGCAAAGGAGAAGAGUGGGAUCCCCAGCUGGCAGAGCAGCGGCGAAGACUAAAAGAGCAGGCUGCGUUGGAAAUGGCAGCAUCCAGUCAGACAAAAAAGACAGAAGCUCCCAAUUCCAACUACAGAGACAAGUACAGUCACCUGAUCGGCACCUCAGCCGCAAAAGAUGCAGCGCAUACACUAGAGGCCAACAGGGCUUAUGGCUGUGUGCCGGUGGCCAACAAGAGGGACACUCGCUCUAUAGAGGAAGCCAUGAAUGAAAUCAGAGCGAAGAAACGGCAGAAGCGAGAGGACGACACAGGGGCACAAAGCAGCAGCAGCUCUUGAGUCUGCACUGUUUUUGCUUUAUCUACUGUUGUGUGUGAGUGUGUGAGUGUGUGUGUGUGUGCGUAUGUGUGUAUGUGUGGGCGCAUUAGUGUGUCUGUCUGAACACUUCAUUCUGUAAUGCAAUAUCCUUUACUUCAGACAUUUAAAAGUUUAACUUAUAUGACAGACAUUGAAUCUCGUGUGUAUGCCACUCUUUGACCAAGUCUGUGCUGAAAUCCUGUUAAGUGGAAGAUGCUCAGCUGUGUCUGAUCCUGGCGGUGGGUUACUAUACAUGUUUGUUUAACAUAUGUCAGUGACUUUCUGUCAGUUAUCAAGCUUCUCUCACACAUGAUUGGAACCUCUACAGUAUGAGAAACCUUUUUGAUUUAAAAAAAAAAAAAAAAAAAGUGUCUCUGUGUUCAGCUACAUAGAAAACACCCAAUAUCUUCAUACAUAAUUUUUAAAUGACAUUUUUUGGCAGUGACUAGCAUUUUUGAUGCAGAUGUACAUUUAUAGUCCUAAGGGACAUUUUUAUCAUUAUCAAUAUUUACAGUUUUGAGCUUUGGCCAGGCCAGAUAAAGUUUUGAAAACAAGGUUUUAGUCAAACCAUGGCUGAGAAGUCCCACUGACAGUGUUCCAAAUAUCCAGUGCAGUUUUUAAAAGGGAAACAGCAAUGCCGUCUAUUGACCAGCUUUUGGUUUGGUUUGGUGACAGCCCCCCCACCCCCCACCCCCUCCCUUAAUCUCAACCUGUUCGAAAGCUUUGUCAAGUUGGAAGCAUGCCAUUUCCUCUGUCAUUAGAGGAACCCUGUUUUAGAAAAUGCUGUUUUGUGGAUUUUAGUAAUCUGUGAUUAUGUCUAAGAUUUUCUUUGUUUCUAUACAUCUGCACUGACUGUGAAUUAAACUGUUUACUCCUAGUCGAAUGCUUUAUUGUUAAGUCAUGCAACGGCUUGCAAUAAGGAUCAUAGUAGAGAGUGGGAUUGCCAGACUCCUUUUUGAGAUAUGGGUCACUACGUUUUAUUCUCUGUCUUUUUUUCAUGUCUUUUAAGUAAAAGUUUAUUGGCAUCUUGAUGUCUUUUAACAUGGUUGCACUGUUUUAUUCCCCCCCUGUGUGUUAAUAAAUGGAGAACAGUAUUAGA